AUGCCCGAGGAGCUGAACGCGCGUCCUGCGCUGGGACUGGGCGGGGUCCAGAAGCGCAUAGGUGGAGCUGCAGCGCUGCCAGAUCAUGCGUGCCUGAGCCAGUGUCCGCUCUCGGAUCGGAAGGCAACUCGACCCUUGGAAAACGCACCUGGCCUUUGCGUGACGGAAUGGACAAGCCAGGCGCAACGCUCGCUUCAGAUAAUCGACAUCUGGCAGACCGUCUCGAUCGCUGCCCGGGUCGGCGGCGCUGGAGGCCAGAAAGGCAACGUGUCAAAUGCUGUUGCAUCCUCCAGCAUUCGCGAGGCCGCGGCUGAGCAACGCUAG